AUGGAACUUUCAAAGACGCUUAUCCGAACUGUGGCACGUGCCUUUUACGAGACCCGUCACAUCUUGGUCGUCGAUGCGCUCUUCCUACAUUCAGUCCUUCACGCUGAGGAUCUCGCCUUUUUGAUGGGAAUGCAACAGAAAGAUCUUCGCAAGCUUUGCGCUAAGCUCAGAGAGGAUCGUUUGAUCGGAGUGAGCACACGCGCCGAGAUACGUGAUGGAUCUACUCGCCCAGUCAACCGCGAAUACUAUUACAUCCCCCUACAUCCGGUUGUCGAUGCGAUCAAAUUCAAAGUCUCCAAGUUGACAGCCAUCAUCAAGUCGCAGUACACACCGAGCGAGGAGCGCAAGGAAUACAUUUGCAUACGAUGCAAAUCGGAGUGGACCGAACUGGACGUACUGAGUCUGGUUGGAGACGAAGGGUUCGAAUGUCAAAAUUGCGGCGCCAUCCUGGAACGGACGGAGGAUGUCAAGGGCGCAGAAGGGAUGGACCGUACGGGCCACGAGAAAAACAGUAAGCUUAUGGCACAGCUCGACAACAUGCUCAAACUGCUCAAGCAGAUUGAUUCGGUCGAAAUCCCGCCGAAUGACUUUGAAACAGCGUGGGAUCACAAGGUGGAGGUUAUCCGAAACCAGAACACACACCCCGUCCGCGCCGCGAUUGCUGUUCCACCCAAGGCCCAGGAUAUCACACGUCCCAAUGCCAAGACGGAUGCCGCUGCACUGGAGAUCUCUCUCACCUCAAGUGAAGAGAAGAGUGCCGCCGAACAGGCUGAUGAGGCCGCUCGCAAAGCAGCACUUGAAAAGCAAAACGCACUUCCGGUUUGGCACACACAUUCUACGGUUAAUGCAGCCCAGGCUGGCAGUUCCCAGGUGAAGACCGAGGUGGGCACUGUGGUGAAGCCUGAGCUCGCGGAUGAGGACCAAAAACCCAGUGUGGAUGCCCUGGACGACAAAGUCGCCGCCUACUACGCUGAAAUGGAGCGCGAGAAGGCACUGCAAGCUCAAGCAGAUGCCAGCAGUGCAGACGAUGACUCAGACGAGGAAGACUUUGAAGACGUUGAGGGAAUCUCCGGGCCAAGCGGACCGGGUACGCCCGCCAUGGCUGGUGGCGUUACAAGUGUCCCUACUACAUCUUCUGGGGGUGCUGGCAUCAAGCGUGAACUCGAACCGGUUUCCAGUGCCCCUCCAUCCUCUGUUGGGACUCCGUCUACUCCUGCCGAUGAUGGACCUGCGGCAAAGAAAAUCAAGGUCGAACCUGAUAUCAAGCCUGAUCCUGAUGCCAAAAUUGAGGCCGAGGUCAAGAAGGAGGCUGAGGAGUCUGAUGAGGACGAUGAGGAAUUUGAAGAUGUAUAA